AUGAACUCAAAGUCUACCGAACUAGAGCCAAGUCAGCACAAUGCUGAAAAGCUAAAAGAGAAACCAGCCGCUGUCGAGGCCGUACAGCAGCCCAAUAAUACCGACAACGGAGAUUCCAUCAAUGAGCUCGAGCGAUGGAACAGUCCCCGAAUUAAUUCAUAUCGUUUCUAUGCAACCAAUCUCUCGUUUCUUAUUAUGGGCAUGAACGAUGCAUCUCUUGGAGCAUUAUUACCAUAUAUCGAAACGUAUUAUGGCAUCAACUAUACCACAGUAUCUACCAUGUUCCUCAUACCCGUUGCAGGCUAUGUAGUUGCAGCGCUCACCAAUAACUGGAUUCACUACACCUUGGGCCAACGAGGAGUUGCCAUCCUCGGACCUCUAUGUCGUCUUGUUGCUUACAUUCCAGUGGCACUUCAUCCCCCGUUCCCAGUACUCCCAAGCGUCAUGCUUUUCACUGGGUUCGGCAACGGUGUCCAGGACAGUGGCUACAAUGCUUGGAUCGGUAAUAUGCAACGCGCCAACGAGCUCUUGGGUUUCCUUCACGGUGCCUACGGACUCGGCGGUACCAUUGGUCCUCUUAUAGCUUCUGCCAUGGUAACAGAAGGGAAUCUCUCCUGGUACACUUACUUCUAUAUCAUGGCAGGCCUCGUAGUGGUCGAGUUCAUCGUUGGGACUACUGCAUUCUGGGGUGCAACCGGUCAAGAGUACCGACGAAGGGUCCGUUUCGAAAAAGGCAAAGACCGCGUAACGACACGAAUGGCCCUCAAGAAACCGAUUACUUGGAUAGUUGCUGUCUUUCUUCUGGGAUAUGUGGCAGCCGAGGUUAGCCUGGGAGGCUGGAUUGUCACUUUUAUGCUCCGAGUACGACAUGCUAAACCAUUCCUUGCGGGUUUGACAGUCACAUUAUUCUGGCUCGGGUUGACAUUGGGCAGAGUCGUGUUGGGAUUCAUAACAGAGAGAAUUGGUGAAAAGACAGCCAUCAUGGUAUAUCUCAUGCUCUCGAUUGGGCUGGAACUACUGUAUUGGCUCGUCCCCAACUUUAUCGCCUCAGUCAUCUUUGUCAUGCUUCUUGGUUUCUUCCUCGGUCCUUUGUUUCCUGCAUCAAUGGUGGCAGCAACCAAGCUUUUGCCUGCCGACUAUCAUGUAAGCGCCAUUGGGUUUGCAGCAGCAGUUGGAGGAGGAGGCGCCGCUGUAGGACCGUUUGCCGUCGGAGCGAUUGCUCAGCACACUGGUGUUCAAGUUUUGCAGCCCAUAAUAGUUGGCCUUCUCGCAGCAAUCACUGUUGUUUGGCUUCUUCUGCCAGGAGGUUUCAGAAAGGGUGGACUAGAGAGGGCUAGGGAAUUGAAAUUGAAGCCAGGAGGAGACGUGAAAGAAGCUUGGUCUUGGGCCAAGCUCAAAGUGAGAAAGUCAACAUGA